AUGUUAUGCCAGCGCAAACCGACGUCCUUUUGUGUUUCGUUAGAUGUACACGGAACAACGACCCCGUUCAAGAUAAGCAAAAAAUGCUCGAAGAACUUCCGGUGGAUGGUCAACGUCGCUGACCCUCUGACGCAGAACCACCUCUGCUCCGGCGUCCUUGUGAAGCCUGACCUCGUCAUGACCACCGCGACGGGAUUGCAUCAGCUGCAGAGCGGUGCGCAUCCUAAGGUCAUUAUAGGAACUAACGACAUAAACGGAGAGGGUGGAGACAAGCCAGAGAUCCUGGACACCCAAAAGAUCAUCGUGCACCCCCGCUUCAACGGUGCCGCAACGUCUGGGCCGGAUUUGGCGCUGCUUCAGCUGUCGCAGAAUUCCCACAACUCGCCCCUGGAAACAUGGUCGUCAAUGAGCGGCUGCAGAAAUGGUCCCCUCAGCUUCGUCGGAUGGUUCAUAUCGCGACGGGGAGGGGCCCCAGAGACCACGCUGAGCUGUGUGCCCAACAUGAAGGUCGUGGAACAUGGCCAGUGCGCGGAGGUUCUCAAGGGGCUGCAUGAAGGAUCUGUGUGCUGCGGGAACAGCGGAACCGGAAAUCCAGUGUUUGACAACGGUGGACCUCUCCUUUGCGGGGAAAACAAACUAGUGGGCCUGGCCUCGAAGACGGAGCUGAUCGGCGGCCAACACUACCCGACAUCUUUUGUGGAGGUCAGCGAGUUCAAGAACUGGAUUGAAUCCCGCGGUGAGAUGAAAGAUGAGCUGUGA